AUUCUUGCAUUUAUAGAUAUUUUAACCAGCACAACACGGCGAAUUUAAAUAUCAACCAUUUUAUUUUCAAAUGAACCACUGUACUAAAUGUGGGCUCAACUUUUCAUAUAUACACAUAUUCAACACGUACCCCUCAUGAAGAAAAAAAAAUGCACAAGCAUCUUAAAUGCAAACAUGUUAAUUCAUCAAUAUCAAUUUAUACAAACACUCCUACCAAAACGAGAGGGAUCAGGAACCGUAGAAAACCACCGACGCACAGCGAGUGUUUUAGCCAUAGCUAUGUAUAGGUUAUAGGUGGAUUGCUGUCUGUCUACCAAGACCAACGUUUAGUCUAUUGCAAAGUUCUCCGUAUUACUCUCGGCGAGCCUAAACCGGAAGCUUUGUACAAACAUGCCUCUUUUUAGUAGUUAAUCUGAAAUGUGAAUAACCCGGAAGCUUGAUACAUAACUGCCUCGAUUUAGUAGUUAACUGGAAUCGUCUGCUAGCAGUCCAGUAAUACAAGUUCGUGGUUUUAACCACUUCACUACCGGUCACCCUGUUACCAGCUAUUUAUAUCCAUCGGGUGGCUGCAGGUCAAGGAAAGUUAAGGGUUAGGGGGUACUAAGCACUGUUAGCAGAACACCACGGAUUAAAAACGUCUGUGGGUACACGCCACCCCAAACAAGCGCACCUGCUACAGCAAUCGAGUUGUCGCCCCGUUUCAACAAUUUUGGCGUUAUAUUUGUAAACAUGGCCUGGUUUUUGGUACUCCCACUCAUUCUUUCAUUGUGGAUCUGCUUUGAUGCAAACUAUUUUGUUCGUGCAACGCUGAUCGCUAUUAUGUGCACAGUAAAGAGGAGCAAGCGACCUCCACACUGGUCUCAUGAAUGUGUGACUCAUGGGAUCUGUUUGACAACAGACUUGGAUUUUAUGCUGCACAUGAACAAUGCUCGCUACUUGAGGGAAUGUGACUUUGCUCGCUUUGAUUUUUUUAUAUUAUCACACCUGUUAGAUGCACUAAAACGGUCAGGAACAAUCACAGUCACCAGUGCAAACAACAUUCGAUAUAGGCGAUCCAUUCAUCUGUUUCAAAGAUUUUAUAUAUGCACUAAAUGCUGCAGGUACACGCAAACAAUGGCCGACUUCGACACAAUUUACGAGGAGCGCGACGAAGAAGAAAAUCUUCCGGAGCUACCCGUACCAAGAGUUCCAACCCCCAUCAUUAUUCGAGGAGCUGGGAACGUUACAAUAUUUGGCCUCAGCAACAAGUUUGAUGCUGAUUUUCCUCAGGGUCUUUCAGCCAAGGUGGCUCCUGAAGAAUUUCGGGCAACAAUGUUACGAAUAAAUGGGGUGUUGCGCAAAGCACUUCCAGUCAAUGUCAAAUGGUUAUUUUGUGGCUGUGUUUGUUGCUGUUGUACACUGGGAUGUUCACUAUGGCCCGUUAUAUGUCUGAGUAAAAGAACACGCCAUUCAAUCGAAAAAGUGUUAGACUGGGAAAACAGUCAUUUAUAUCACAAGCUUGGUCUUCAUUGGAGACUUCGGAAACAGCGAUGUGAUUCAAGCAGCAUGAUGGAAUAUGUGCUUUGUGUUGAAUUCAUUCCCAAAAUACCAAUUUUCCGCCCAGACUAGAAUGAUCAACACAUUAUCAGCAUGAGAUCAUGGAAUAACAAGGGUAAAAACACUUGAAUUUGACAUAAACACUUCAGUUUGCUUAGAUGUUGCUGAUCUCAACACCAUAUUACUUGCUGGUGCUUCUUUGGAUGUGUUAUUCAUGGCAACAUCUUCAGCAUGUGACUGCAACCACUUCAGAGGAAGUUUGGCUGUACUUUUGUUAAGAUAAAAGAUGUGUGUGACACCGUUUUCCGCCAUGACAAUGCACCUGGCUGUGUUUAUUAAAUUUUAGUUCCCAUAUAAUGGAAAACUGUUAACUUGUGAUGAUGAUGCUCAUGGGAUCUCAUUCAUUGAGCGUGUUCUCAUUGGGUGGAUGAGGAAAGGUGGGGGAAGCAAAGCAGCUAUACUUUGACUUCCAUCCAUGCUAAGAAUUUAACUGACUUUGAAAGGUCUGUAUCAUGGGGGCAGGGUGGGGCCAACUCAGUUGCAUAUUCGAAGCAUGGCAUCUUUUCCUUUUUUUUAAUCUAAUCCAAUUAUUAAGAUUUAAACAACAUCUUGACAUGGUAGGACAUCAUGCUUUACCAGUUAGUUUAUGCCCGACUGCUUAUUUUAUAGGUCAGUCUUAACUUUAAUGGGUCUGUUUCUCAUUUUUGGGGGUAGAAACUAUUGUUUUUGAUGGGCAACUAUGAAUUUAUAGUUCUGAUCUUUGCAUUUUUUUUUUUUUUGUAGCAUGAUGGUGCAAAGUACAUGUAACUAACCUGAAAACAAUGUUACCCUUAAGUCCGUAGGGUUUUUGUGCUGUACAUGUUUUAUAGAGGCAGAAUAAAAAGUAUGAAUUUUUUUUUUUUUUUUUUUUUUUGAAUCAUGAUAUUAUUUAAAGGAUUGUCUUUAGGAAAGAUGUACAAUGUAUCAAUAAAGUGUUUUUGGUGGGACAAACAGUAAGGUCAGAAGAUUUCAGCAUGCUGUAUGCCACACAUGUAAAAACAACUGCUGUGAGGGACAAAAAUCACAAUGUUGUUAGUCAUCAUAACUGGAGUCUAGAUCAUACCUGUUGUUUUAAGUUGUAGAUGUCCCAGAUUUCAGACCUGAUCUCAUCAAAUUAAAAUUCAUGUUAGCAUAGAGAGAGACGGGGAAAGAUGAACGCAUGAAUGUUUAAAAAUAAUUUAUUAUAUAGAUAGUACUAUAGCAUUACAUAGGCAGACAUUAAUCAAUAACAAAAGAUUAUUGGACUGGUAUUUGAAAACUUUUGAUUUCUCAAGGAAGAGUGCACAAAACUAAAGCUGUGUCCACUUGGGAUCUUGCUCAAAAGAAAGUUAAUUAUCAAAAGUAUGCAAAAAAAUUGUCAUUUCUUUCUCACACUGAGUUUCACCCACACAGCUGCCUUUUUAAAAGUUUUAACCCUUCUUUGGAGAUUUGCUCCAUACACUUGCAGCUGUUCAUUUGUUAGCUGCAUUGUCAUAACAUAAAAUGGUCCAUUUGUAUCUUGUUUCUUGUAUGAUCUAUCCUUUAUAAUGUUACACAUUAUUAGUUACUGUUUAUAUUUGUCAAUAGAACUAUCCUUGGUGCAACUUGUUGGUUGAUAUUGCAAAUCCAUACUGUUCUCAUUUUACAAAAGAAAGAGAGUGUAUUAAUGUGUCUGUGUGUUGCACAUACUUUUUUUUUUUUUUUUGCCUAAGAUGCUUUAAAAUAAUGUCUAAAUAUUCUAUUGUUAAAAGUAACAGAAUUCAUUGGCUUGUGAUAUGACAUUCUUGAUUUGGUUAUCAAGUAUAUUUUUGUUGUGUCAGUUUACAUGUUUCUUUUUUGGGGGGCAGGGAGGAAGGGGGCCAGGGAAAAAGGCUAAUAACUAUAAUGUGAAUGUACUUUCUAUACACAGCCUAAGAUUAUGGUAAGCUAUGUAUUUUAUUUUAUUGCCAAUAGCUUGUGUUCUUAGUUAUGAUGUAUACCCCUAGAAGGUAUAUAUGCCUGUGCCCCUUUCUUUGUAAAGGGAAUGGAAUGGGAAGUCGAGUGCAAUCUUUGUUCAGGAAAAAGAAAUAUAACAUUUGUUUAUGUAGCUGUUUGUAAGUAAUCUUACUAGUUCAACUUAAAGUCUGUUUAAGAUUUUUAAAUGUAUAACUGUAAUUGCCCAGACAUGUAUGUAAGUGUUACAAACGGUAAAGAAAUAAAUUGUCAUUUAAACUGAUGAAAUAUGGUGGAAAGGAAAUGCAAAGGCUGAUAAAUGUUAUUUUCAAAAUUUUUUAUUACUGUACAAUACAUUCCUGCAAUCAGAUACUUUAGCAUCUGAGAAAUAAAUUCUAAGAAACUUUUUCUUGGGGCUAGCAACAAAUUGUGAAAUGCAAGGCUGUUAGUAUUUUAAAUAUAUUAUUGUAGUAGUAAUAAUUUGUAGACAAGUAUAACAUUCAUUAUGAAAGUGUUUUCACCAUACAUAUCCUAACAUGGAACUAAAGGAAAAUAGAAGAUUGUGAAAAAAUAGAUGUUAACAAAAAUCAAAUAGCACCCAAGAAAGUCAGCUAAGCAAAGCAAUAUUAAAGUAUAUGCAAAUAGCAGUUAGUAAAUAAGCAUUACAGGAGAACAAUGAUUGAGCAAUAGAUGCAUUAUUAGUGCAAGCUUACAAAUUUGUAAACAAAGAUUCAAAAGUAAAAGGUGUUCCAGAAUUUGGACAAACAACAAACAAAAUGUUUUGAAAGUGUACCUUAUUGCAUGUAGUUGUUUUAGUGGGCCAAAACUCAACCCUGAAAUGACAUGUAUUAUUUUCUUAUGCACUUUGAAAUCUGUAUGCCAUUCAUUCAAAUGAGAAGCAACUGGUAAGAUGUUAAAUGCAGUUCUUUUCCCCCUAGUGCAUAUAGAAGUCAUAGCUUUUUGAAAGUUUUAUUAUAAGGAUGAUAGUGAAUAAAGUUAGCUUACCUCCACAUGAAAGUAAAACUGAACACAGAACUGAAAUUUAAACCAUUUUUUAAAAAAAUAUUCUCACCCAAAAAAAAAAUAGUCAUCAUUAUAUGAGUUGAACAAAAGAAGAUCUUUAAUAGUCUUUUAAGAAGGACUCUUCACAUUUCCAGGAUCCAAGUCUCACCAUCACUAACUGAAUAUUGGGGCAGAACGUUGCUUGCACUCCACUGGCUCCUAGAUUUUAAAAAGCAUUUCAAAGUCAGCUUGUUCAGUUACAAGUGUCUCAACAGCUCUGCCCCCACCUAGCCAGAUUUUUACUUAUCUCCUUCUCUUUGGUCCCCUCAGGCUUUCCAUUCCACAAACCAGAAUCCAUACAUUUGGUACAUGUUUCUUUUCUGUCUUGUCCACUUGCCUGGAACAAAAUGCUACUUCAUAUUUGCUGGAAAUCCUCUCUUUCUCCUUUCAAAACAUCUCUGAAAUUUUAUGUUUGCCAUAGCCAUGACCUUCCUUUUUUUAAAUUUUGCAUCGCUACAACCGUCUUUUUUUCUUAUUUGUGUAAGUGUGAAUGCAUACGUGCGUAUGCAUGCAACAUAAAUUGCUAAAGCAAGAGUGGGUGCUCUAAAAAUACUUUGUUAGUAUUUUAUUAUUAUAUUCAUAUCCAGAGUGUUGCAGUGUGCCUCCUGAUCAUAAAGGGUUAAAUGUGAUAUUAUGAAGAGGUUAGGGUAGACUUCUGUUUCUUCAUAUAAAGAAAUUCAUAUAUAAAUGCUAAUAAAUUGUGUGAAAUGUAAAAAUGCAUUUUCAUGAAUGCUAACAGGUAUGUUUCGGAUUUCUUUAGAAGCGCUUAAUCAAGGCAGCAAGACUAUUCAGUUUGAUUUAGAAUGUGAAAAUGUAAAUUAUGCUUUCUGAAAUAUUAUUGUCAAAAUUGAUGUGUUGUGCAAGAUGUUGCAGGAUCACGAAAGAGAGGUGAGAAUGAAGACAGAAGAAAAAAAAAAAUAAGAAUGAGACUGACUAAUAAAACAGUGUUCACAGGCAGCCCAAUCAAUUUAGAAUUAUUAUACACGAUGAAUGAAAAAAAAUCUCUCAUUGAAAAUGUAAUAUUUUCCAUUCAGUUUAUGUUAAUUGAAGUUUUUUUUUUUUGACCUUUUCAUUUGAGCCAUAACCCGGUUUUAGUGGAAGAAGUGCCACGUAUAGUGUAUUGGUUUCCUCAAGUAUGCUUAUAUCCGUAGUCCUAUUGAUCCUGUGUUAUUGUUUGCAGUAUUAAGUGAUAAGAUGUGGUCCCAUGCAGAAAAGUUGCUAAGGCUUCUUGUGCAUGACUUGUAGAAAUCAGAGAAUUAUAUUAGUAAUUUGUUUUUGACUAGCAUGUUUCUAAUAGUUGUCAUCUUGAGAGUUGUUUGCAUUUCUCUGUGAGUUUUUUUGGUAAAUAUAACUGUGUUUUGUGCUUGUUGCAUUAUAUGCUGACUAAAUAUACAUAAAUUAAAAAACAGAAAAGUUGAAAAAGAAAUGGUCAAUUAGUUGCCAAUGCUAAGAGACUUUCCUUAUUAAACACAAGCUGAUGUAUUGACUUAUCAGACUUGUUCAUAGUCAUUCAUGACCUGAUUUUAAGGAUAUUGUAUUGUCAUAAUUAUACUUCAAAAAUACUGUUAUGCAACUGUUUUUGAUAAAAACUGCCUGAUAUCAAAAGUUCAAAGUUUUCUUUCUUCCAUGCCAUCCACCUUUGGUUUCAAAAGUGAUGUUUUGUUUUGUUUUGGAAGAACUUGCUUCAUAACUUGUGCAGAUUUGAGAGGUUUCGUACAUUUCUUUAAAAAUUGGUGUUGAAUACUUGAAAAGGCCUUUUUUUUAAAGUUUUCUCAACUUGAAUAGUGAUACAGUAUGUGGUUUCCUCAUUCAUGUGUUGCAUCAGCUAAAUAAAACUGACAUUCCAGUUCUACAAGUCCUAUGAAGAAACUGUUAUAUAAUAUUAUUAAAGAAAUUAUAUUAACCACAUAGUUUUUUUAGCAGAUUUGGCAAAAUAAUAUAUGACUAUGUUGAUGUUGUGACCAUAUGCAAAGAGAAGUAAGAAAUCUAACAAAUUUUGUACACAUGAAGAAUCCUAGUGUGUUUUUGCACAUACAAAGACCAGUAUUAAUGAACAAAUGUUGCAUGUUUGUCCUACAUUUAUAGUUUGUCAGUAUGUUAACUGUUGUUCCAUUCAUGAUUUUUAUUUAGUUUGUGUAGAGUCUAAGCUACUUCUACUAAUAAGGAAAGAAGUCAGUGUUACAUUUAUUGUGUGUGUAUGGGCAUAUAUUUGAGUUAGAUAUUAUAUGCAAAUUGAAUUCUAAGAAUGUGUUAAUUACACACUAUUUUCUUCAUUUGGGUAAUUUUUGCAAAAGAUGUGACAACAGGAGGUUCCAGAGACAAUAACUGAAAUGAUUUCUCUGUGGUUGGAAAGCUCUGCAGAUUCCUCUGUUAGCAGUUGUCUAUUGUGAAACCUACAAUAAUAAUAGUUUUUGUUUUAGCAACUAGCUGUAACACACUUUACUGUUGCAGUAACUUGUCUAGCAGAAUUUUCAUAUUUUCCUUUUUUUUACCCUCUCCUUCCUUAGGUUUCCCUGAGCUGCACUCAGCCUUAAGGUUGAUCAGAGUAAGAGUCAAAUUCAUAAAGUUGCUACACUAGUGUAAUUACAAUACUUAUGAACUGCCUUUGGUACAUGUUGCAUUCUGAUAACACUGAUGAUUGACUGUGAUCAAAAUUGACAUCAAAAAGUAAAUAUAUUUCUGUAGAUGUGUCCAUUCCAACAUGAAUGGUUAGUGUGUGUGCAGGAACAUGAGUCUAACUGUGUAAAAGAGAAAACAUUAGCAUGAGGUGAGUUUUCUGUACAGGUGGUAUUUAGGUUUCCCCAGUUAGAACAAAUUGUGUUCAUCCUGCUUUAUCAAGAGCAGGUUUUAUAGACAAUUUCUUGUCAUUAGUAGUUAAUAGCUCACAUUUAGAUGAAAAAUGUAUACUUCUGUAAUACUUGCAGUCUGGCUGUGGAAGGUGUAUGUGUGCAUGCAUAUGCACCCUCUUAUGUGUAUGUAGGUGAUUAUUUAUUAUUUUUGCUGUUUUUGGUCAUGAAAGAAAGUCUAAAUACUUUUAGUAAGACAUAACUGUCCUAGACAGGACACAGUGAAAUAUAACAUGAACAGGUUUCAUAAAAGUAUAUUAAAGAUGGAC